AUGCUUAGUGCUAGGAUACAACAAAAGUUGUGGGAAGACGCGCAAUCGGCUAAACACGCACACGACGAUGAUAUAGACCUGGAUGAUUUGCUGCCGAAAAUCGGAGAAUUUGGAAUAUACCAGAAAUGCCUACUUUGGCUCGUAUGCUUACCAGCAUGUCUGCCGUGCGGUUUUUGCGCAUUCAAUCAACUUUUCAUGACCGACACUCCUGAUCAUUGGUGUCACGUGCCGGAGUUGAGGAACUUUUCGGUGGAAGAUCGAAAAGUUAUGGCGAUUCCGAGAAAGGCAGACGAUAAUACAACUUUCGAAAGUUGCUUAAGAUAUUCCGUGAACUGGACAGAUAUUAUCGAAUCGAAUAAGUCGAUAGAAAUAAACCAAAGUUUGCCCGUAGAGCCCUGUCUAGAUGGUUAUGAAUAUGACAGAUCUGAAAUAAUCUCCUCUGUGGUUAUCGAUUUUGACUUAGUUUGCGAGUAUGAUGUUUAUCCAACUCUGGGAUUGGUAGCAUUAAACGUAGGAGGGCCUAUAGGAGUGUACUCUUUUGGUAUUCUAAAUGACCGCAUUGGAAGAAAGAAAUCGUUCUUCGCAUGUCUAUCAACGUUAUUAUUGGGAAGUCUCAUGACAGCGUAUGCGCAUGAGUACUGGUUUUGGGUAGUAGCUCGGAUUAUCGUCGGACUGACUAUUCCUGCAGUCUAUCAAAUACCGUUCAUUAUCUCUUUGGAAUUAGCUGGACCAAACUAUAGAUCAUUCGUAACAGUGAUGACAUGUAUAUUUUACACACUAGGACUGAUACUACUGUCGGGUGUGACCUAUGUGUUACGCGAUUGGAGAUCUCUCGCAUUAGCCACCUCUGUUCCCUUUUUCUUUUAUUAUCUCUAUUGGUUUGUAUUACCUGAAUCGCCACGGUGGUUACUGAUGAAAGAGAGACUAGAAGAAGCCAAUAACAUACUGAAAACUAUAGCCCGAGUGAACGGGAAGGAAUUGCCCGAAGAGUACACGAGUAAGCUCCAAAAACAAGUUCUCGAACAGAAGGAGAAAGGGGUAAAAGAGACAAAAAACGCUAGUGCUUUUGCCUUGUGCAAGACGCCGAAUAUGAGAUUGAAAACGAUCUUGAUAACUUUGAAUUGGUGCGCUUCCGAGAUGGUGUACGUGGGACUAAGUUACUACGGUCCAGCGAUAGGCAGUAGCCAAUACAUGAGUUUCUUUCUAUCGUCAGCUGUCGAAAUUCCUAGUUACAUAGUCUGCUGGAUACUAAUGGACAAAGUAGGCCGCCGUUGGCCUCUAUGCUUAUCUAUGGUUAUUAGUGGAAUUUUCUGCAUGGUCACCGUACUUUUACCAAGUGAUGCUGAAACGGAAACACUUAUACUGUAUUUAAUAUCUAAAUGUUUUAUAUCCGCAUCAUUUUUAAUAAUUUAUCCGUACGCUGGAGAACUUUACCCGACGGAGUUGAGAGGCGUUGGAAUUGGGACAUCGGCGUACAUUGGUGGACUGGGAUUAAUUGUCAUACCUUUUAUAAAUUAUUUGGGCACGAGUAAUUUAGUAUUACCGCUGGUGUUGAUGGGCGCUCUGUCAGUCGUUGGGGGGCUAACUUGUCUUCGGUUGCCGGAAACUCUUCAUACAUCCCUGCCUCAAACCGCUGAAGAUGGCGAAGAAAUCGGUAAAGAUUGGACGUAUAAAGACUGUUGGAGCUGUGGUGGGCCUAGGGUGGCAUCAGAAGGGGACUCUUAUGAAAACUUAGAUCAACUAGAAUUGACUCAAGCACCAGUUUUGGAAGAUGAGGUUUCAGAACUGAGGCCGACGCGACGCAGUUCUAUGAAGAAGCUAGUUCGUCAGGCCAGUACGCUUGAAACUCAACGAGAUCAUGAUGGUAGUCUAAAAAUGACUUAUUGGUUUUAG